CCUGCUGCUCUCCAGAGCCCACAGCACCUCGGCAGCCCCGUGGUCUGCUCUGCACACCCAGCACCCCACAAACAGGCACAAAUUCCCUUGGCUUUGCUUCAAAACCUCAGCCACUGCAGAAUGUUUAAAAAACUCACCAAAUUCAUCGCAAAACAAAUUGAUCCAAAUAAAAAAUUUGUCCCUGUCGAGAGCAUCGCAGACAAUGAGCACUUCAGACCACUCUGUCUACUGACAAAAAAGAGAAAACCAGAAACAAGAUUCCAUCGAGAUCCCUACUAUCAGCAGACAGGAUUCACACUGCAGGAUGUGCUGCUGCCUGGAGAAGAUGGUGAAAGCACAGAGUCUCUCCUUGAAGACUCCAUCAAACUGACUCUCAUAAUAACCUGCAAAGACCAAGCUGAUGGAGGUCUCAGCAUUUCAAUUGACCCUGCAAGUGUAGAUCUGAAAGGAGGUGCCUCCUUGUCCAAGGCCAUUGUUAUUAAUGCACAGAAGAAGAGCAUAUUACUUCAAUCACUGGAGGCACUGAGAAAAAAAAGGAAAAUCAACAUGGAUCAUUCCUUCAUCCAACAACUCCAGAGAACAGACAUCAAGAUAUACGUGGUCACUGAAAUCCUCGAAGUCUCAGAGAAGACUGUCUAUGAGGAAUCCACCAAGGCAGAUGGGGGCUUCAAGGCCAAAUUUUAUGCUGCAUUCUCUGCCAAGGGCAACAGAGAGAAGAACCAAUGCAUACACAUACCCAAGGGCUGCACCCUGGUUUUCAAAGCCAUCCUGCUACACAUUAGAGAUGGAGAAUGGGAAGUGGAUCAUAUGGAAUACCGAGCGAGAAGCGAAACUGAAGUCUGGUCUGUAGAUGAAUCAACUGGAAAAUUAAAAGUGCUGAGCGAAGAGGAAUACCGCUGUCAAAUUUUCACCAAGUUGCCUCCUGACCGCCUGUUCAUUGUCUUCAACACCAUCAAAGCUGUCAUGAGAGACAAGAACCUCCUUCAAGAGCUCAGACAGAAAAUGGAAGAUAUUACUGAGCUAAAUGAUGAGUAUGAGCUGAAAACUGAGAGCCCAGAUUUAAAAGAUCUGUUCAGCACCUUAGAGCAUUCUGAAAGAGAUUGUCUCCUUCAGUUGGCACAAGGAAUCACCUACAUCCUUGAUGCUUUGCAUGAGCUAAUGGAUGAUCAGCUGCUGCUGUUGCUGGAAUCCUUGGAGAGGAAGAUUCUGUCCCAACAGCUGAACCUGGUUGCACAGCUACUGAAACAUGACCUGGAGGAUAAGAUGUGUAAUUUCCAUGUGGAUGCCAGCCUGCUCUCCUUCCCACACAAGGAGGAUCAGAUGUUAACCAUGGAACUGGUGGAGAUGAGUGGAGUGCAGCUCCAGGAAGAUGGAUCAGCUGUUUCUUUGGAUCAACCCUUCGAGGCCGUGGCAGCCCUGUUUGUAGCUCUGUAUGCCCUCAAGCUCCUGAGUGGCUCCAAGUAGGACACACCAGGCCCUGCCCAAGGAAACCCUCUGUAAAGCAUCAGGAAAUCUCUGCUGAACAACCACCUUUCUCUCCCAAUAUGAUUGUUGCUAAUGCUCAAGGCUGCUUAGGCUCACGUAAGCAUAUUUAGGGCUGGACAAUUAAUUCUUGAUGCUAUGAUAGGCUGGAUAUCAAUGUGGAUUUGUCUGUCUGUCUGUCUCCCCAAGAUUACUGAGUUGCAACAGGAAAAUCUACAAGCUCAAUGAAUCCCAGGCCUGCCAGCAGUGCUUCAAGUAAUUCUGCUUCCCUCAAAAUGCUGCUGCUGCUUCUGCAAUCAAUAAAUGGAGAAGGGAAGGAUAAAGGGAAUGGGAAGGGCAGGGGAAAU